CACAAAUGGUUUCGCCCGUACGGCCUAGAGCUCCCCAGAGUUGUAGGACCUUUAAACCGUCAAGAUUACAACACGGGAAACGACACAGCUUCGCUUCUCAAAGCAACUAUUUUUUACCAGUCUCCAUUUCGGGAGACUUAAGUACGCUUGAAAAUGCCCCUGAACAACGAGCGUCCGUCAUCCACCUCCAGCGGCGACGAGCAGGGCAGCGAUGUUGAGUCGUCGUCGUCGUCGGGGCGCUGCGACAGCACCGCGUCGGCCAGCGACACCGACUGCUCGCGCGAGAGCUUCACCAGCGACGGCUGCAGCAAGCACUGCUCGCCAUCUUCGAGCCCUCCCAAGACGCUCACCCUGGAUGAGGUGAUGGGCUCCGCCAGAGACCUUUCCAACCUCACCUUGUUCCACGAGAUCGUCGUCAACCGCGACUUCCAUUUGGAGCCACACACCCUGCCUGAGGACAGUUUAUGGAAGAUGGUUCGCGACAACGUCCACAAAGCAUUCUGGGACAUCUUAGAGUCGGAGCUGAACGACGACCCGCCCGAGUACCAGCAGGCCAUCAAACUCCUGGAGGAGAUCCGAGAGAUUUUGCUGUCCUUCCUCAACCCCGGCGCCAACCGCAUGCGGACGCAAAUCAUGGAGGUGCUGGACAUGGACCUGAUCAGGCAGCAGGUGGACAACGACGCCGUGGACAUUGCGGGCCUGGCUUCGUACGUCAUCAGCGCCAUGGGAAAGCUGUGCGCGCCCGUCCGUGACGAAGAGAUUAAGAAGCUGAGGGAGAGCACGGGCAACAUUGUGAUGCUCUUCAGGGAGAUCUUCCGCGUCCUGGACCUGAUGAAGGCAGACUUUGUCAACCUCACCAUCGACAACCUGCGGCCAGUCAUGCAGAAGCAGAGCGUGGAGUACGAGAGGGCAACAUUCCAGAGCAUCUUGGACAAGACACCCGGUGCUUUGGACAACACCGCCGCUUGGAUCAAAAUGACUUUUGAGGAGCUACUGACCACCAUGCCGAGCAAUCGGGGAAAAGGACAGCCAUGUUUACCGGGACCCUUCCAAGUCCUCAAUGCGGCCUUCCUACACAUCCUCAUGUGGGACUCCACGAAGCGCCCUCUCCCAGAGACGUGGAUGACGGAUGAGGGGCGUCUGCGAGAGGUGCAGGCGGAGCUGAGGCGCUGGCAGGCGGUCAACGAGGUUCUCCUCAUCGUCCACAGCACGGUAGGCGGUUCCAUCCAGGGCGUGGCGGCCCUCUCCGAGCGCCUCAAGAGGAUGACGGCCGUGCUCCUCGACCACGUGCACAACCCGACUGUUAGCCAACAAGAGGCGCUAAUGGGGGUCAGCUCUCAGAUCUGCAGCGAGCUGAACAAGUCGCUAGUUGAGAGGGGCUACUCCGCGCUGAGCCCCGCUCAGCAGGACACCCUCACGGGGCAGAUCUGCAGCAUCGCCCACAAGGACAACCCCAUCCGCGCUCUCGUCGAGGACCGCGUGCAGCACUACUUCAUGGCGCUCAUCUGCGAUGCCAAACCUCAAGCCAGAUUGGCGCAAACGCCCGCGGGUUUAACCGCCAUCCGCUCCGAGUUGGUCUCCCUGGCCGCUAAGUUCCUCUCCCUGGUCAACUACAACAAGGCUGUGUAUGGACCUUUCUAUGCCGACAUUAUCAGGAAGUUGAUGUUCACCAACGGCCCGCCACCGUCGUCGCCGCCGCCGCCGCCAUCUUCCCCUCCUCAGGACACUGUCACCUCCGAAUGAGAACCCCUGACGUCCAUUUUGUUCUUAUGCAACCGAGCUGGGUUUGCCAGCGGUGACGUGAAGCACAGUGUUUCCCAACCUUUAUAUCGCCAAGGCACAUAUCUUUUUACGGAAACGUCUCAUCAAGCAUAAAAUGUAUGGUAAUAUUGACAACGGCCUGUUUAGUUUUAAAAUGCAAAGCUAUUGUUCCGGUAAAUGAAUAGCAACAGAUAGCUAUUUCUUUGGCUAUUUGGCUAUUUGGCUAUGUACGGAAGAGCUCCAGCUUUUGAAAGCAAAUUUCUAUAUUUAGAAGAGUAGCAGCACACAUGAUGAGUGUUUAAAGUUUUAUAUAUAUAUAUAUAUUAUAUGAAUCAUGCUACAAACCUCUUAGCCUCUUCAAGAAGCUAUGAAAAAAAAUAUUAGGGAAUUUUUUGGGUAUAUAUUUGUUGUAGACAUGAGUGCAUUUUUGUGUUUGCUGUUUUUGCUUGUGUAACUGAGGGAGGAUUUUCCAGAUGUUUGCGCUAUACGUCAAUUUAUUCGAUCGGUUUUGUGUGAUUGGCGAUGUUUGUUACACAACUCGGUACUCCAGUUCGUUACCGUAUUCCUGGAUUAGCUUGAUUGAACCUGCGCGGACACGCACAAAGGUGCUGAGCUCCAAAGGGAUUCUGUAUUCAGUGUGGAUCCAGAGAUGCUCAGAACAAAAAAAGCAAUUAUUUAACUUAGCUGAAGUGUACAUAAAUGUGUUAUUUUCUUCUGUACUACACUUAAUAUCAUAAAAAUAAAAGUGAUAUUAAAUUGG